GUUGUUGUAUUCGUGGGGUUGCUAUUGGAUUAUUUAUUUAUUUAAUGCAUCGUGUUACUGUUUGAACAACCAGUAUUCAUCUUCUUCAUUAUUUAUAGUUUAUGAGAAGCCACCUAGCUUCUACCUUGAUUCUCUCUGCCAUCUAAAUUUCUUUCAGCUCUACUUCAACUUUUGCUUUACUUCAUGUAAGUACUUAUCUCCAUCUCAAGUCUCAUAUGAUCACAUAGCACUUUACUUCUGCAGAAUCAUUGUUUUCACCCUCUUUUGUGAUUAGUCAAAAUUUCUUGCAUAUAAGUUGUUUGGUUCUGUUCCUGAGUCCUUAAUGGGUGCUUGGGAUUACAAGUUCUUUGUUGGGGUUUCAUCUAUCUUUAUGUUGAUAUGGAUUUCAUCUGGAGAUGUUUCUGUAGACAACAUUAGGAUAGACUGUGGAUCCCUCAACAAUACUCAAGUGGGGGCUUGGUUGUUUCAAGCUGACAACAACUCUUCUUCUUCCUCCUCCCACUUGCUUUCAACCUCAGAGCUUACUUUGGCUAAGGCAAACUUCACCAUAGUUCCAUCAUCUUUUGAUUCAAACCUGUACCAAACUGCUAGAAUCCUCAAAGGUGUUUCUGAGUACACUUUCCCAAUCAGAACACAUGGAAGGCAUUGGAUAAGGUUGUAUUUCUUCCCUUUCAGUUCAGGAAACUACAACAUGAGCACUGCAAGAUUCUCUGUUUCUGCUCAGAACAUCACACUGCUGAAGGAUUUUCAAGUAGAGAGUGGUUCUUUACUGAAAGAAUACUCUUUGAAUAUAACUGAUAGCAACCUCAAACUCAGUUUCACACCUUCUGUUGGUUCAUUUGCCUUCAUAAAUGCCAUAGAAAUUUUGUCCAUCCCUGACAAGGUUAUUCCUGACCAUGUUAGCAUUGUGAGUCCAGGUGGGGAUGGUAAGGUUGUGGGGGUGAAGGCAUUGGAGACUGUUGCCAGGGUGAACAUGGGGAAUCGAACAGUGUCUCCCCUUAACGAUACUUUGGGGCGUUUAUGGGUCUCUGAUGGUAGAUAUAUUAUACACAAUGGUCUUGUGGAUAUUGUAUCCAACAUUACAUCAGUCAAUUUCAAUGGAACAAGCAUUAGUGAAGAUAUUGCUCCAUCUACGGUGUAUGGUACUGUGACUAGAUUGAGGACAGGUUCAGAUCCAAGAACAAACAUCAAUGUGACUUGGCUUUUCAGUGUAGAUCCUGGCUUUGAUUAUUUCGUCCGUUUUCAUUUCUGUGACAUAGUGAACCUGCCCCCAAACACUCUCUUCAAUGUUUAUCUUAACUCUUGGCUUGUUUCUACUGUUGAUCUUGGCAAAGAAACAUCAGAUAAAGCUGGUGUGCCAUAUUACAUGGAUGCCGUUACUAGGACUAGUGGUGCCAGCCAUGGUUUAAAUGUUAGUGUUGGUACCUACAGUAUAAGUGAAGCAUCUUCCCCAGAGGCCAUUCUCAAUGGAUUGGAGAUCAUGAAAAUCAGCAACUCAAAAGAUAGUCUGGUCUUUGAUUCAGAGGAAAAUGGCAAGACAAAAGUUGGUUUGAUAGUGGGUUUAGUGGCUGGAUCUGUGGUUGGUUUUUUUGCUAUAGUUACAGCUUUCGUUCUGCUUUGCAGAAGAAGAAGCAGAAGAAGAAACAGUCUCCAUAUUGGUGAUGAAAAGGGUGACCAUGGUGCUACUAGUAAUUAUGAUGGAACUGCUUUUUUUACAAACUCAAAAAUCGGGUAUCGGUUGCCUCUUGCAGUGAUUCAAGAAGCAACUGAUAAUUUCAGUGAAGAUUUAGUCAUAGGUAGUGGUGGUUUUGGGAAGGUUUACAGGGGAGUUUUCAAAGAUGAAACAAAGGUAGCCGUGAAAAGAGGAUCAUGCCAGUCACAACAAGGUCUUGCUGAGUUUAGGACUGAAAUUGAGAUGUUGUCACAGUUUCGCCAUCGUCAUUUAGUAUCAUUGAUUGGUUACUGCAAUGAACAAAGUGAGAGGAUCAUUAUUUACGAGUACAUGGAAAAAGGAAGCUUGAAGGACCAUCUUUUCGGAUCUAAUGCAGAUGCAACCUGCUUAAGUUGGAAGCAAAGGCUUGAGAUUUGCAUAGGAGCAGCUAAAGGAUUACAUUAUCUUCACACAGGCUCUAACAAGGCGAUUAUUCACCGCGAUGUCAAAUCUGCAAAUAUCCUGCUAGAUGAAAACCUCAUGGCUAAAGUUGCUGAUUUUGGUCUUUCAAAGACUGGUCCAGACAUUGAUAAGAGAUAUGUCAGCACAGCAGUGAAAGGAAGUUUUGGCUAUCUUGAUCCAGAAUACUUGAUCACACAGCAGCUGACAGAAAAGUCAGAUGUUUACUCAUUUGGGGUGGUCAUGUUUGAAGUCCUUUGUGGGAGACCAGUGAUUGAUCCAUCACUUCCAAGGGAAAAGAUGAACCUGGUGGAGUGGAUAAUGAGAUGGCAGGAGAGAAGCACCAUUGAGGAACUUGUUGAUCAUCACCUUCCAGGUUCUGGUCAGAUAAAGUCAGAGUCACUCCAUGAAUUUGUUGACACUGCCAAAAAGUGCUUGGCAGAACAUGGAAUCAACAGGCCUAGCAUGGGAGAUGUAUUGUGGCACUUGGAAUAUGCUUUGAGGCUGGAAGGUGUUGAUGAGAGAUCCAACCAUGGUGGUGAUGUUUCCUCCCAAAUUCAUCGCUCAGACACUGGAUUAUCUGCCAUGGAAUACAGCAUGGGAAGUGUUGGUGACAUGUCUAAUGUUUCAAUGAGCAAGGUCUUUGCCCAGAUGGUGAAGGAGGAUAGGCAACUACUUCCUUGAAUAUGUACUCAGUGAAAGAGCAUUUCUUUUUCCUUUCUAGUACAUCACAUAUGAUAGUAGGUUUGAUUCAAAUUGAUUCUUAUUAGUUCCCUGCAUAUGUACAUAAAACCCCCAAUACUGUCUUGCACCAAAUUUAGUAUAAUUCUUUGCUUAUAUAUACUCUGUGGCAUAUGAAUACAGCAUAUGAUUGCGUGCACUGGUUUCAAUA